AGGAAAGGAAAGGACCUGACUGCCCCAGGUACGGUGGAGAAGUUUAUUAUAGAUAUAUAGGAGAGCAUAGCCAGACAUCUGGGAGAGUCCAGAGUGGUCGUGACUCCGAACCAUGUGGGGAGAUGAGAGGGGGAGCACAGGAAAUACAGCAUCAGGCGGCCAAAGGUACAAAAGGAGAGCGGGUGACCAAAAUAUCUGGACUAUAUAAGGAAACGCCUUUGUGAGAAGGGCAAGCCAGGCCCUGGGCUGCAGAGUUAGUUCCUGAUAGAGGGUGGGAUCUGUCAAGCCAUACCCUGUAACAGGUAGAGACUGGGGGAUGCUGGGAGAGCUGGAAUCCAGGUCUGCUUUGAUAUGUUAAAUAGGCACCUCAGCAGCUUGCUCUCGGGUUUGAAACUUAAAACCCUGCAUGUGGGAAGUUAGCCACUGGGCUGGGCUGUGGGAACCGGGUCUGAAUGGAACCUCAGAGCCACGAGACAGAGGGGGAGGGUUUAUCUUUAUCUCUGUUUUGAGGACGUUAUUUUGAAAGCCCUCACCUACUACUAGAAGCAGAUAGGGAGGUUCUAAGGUUGAGAUGGGGUAAGGUCAGAGUCUAAUCAUAGCCCCAGGGACUCAUAUCUGCUAAGGGCAAUGGGCCUAUCUCAGGCUUCCCAAGCCAGCCCUGCCUGAUCUAUCAUCAGUUAUAGGCCAGUUUGGCUUUGGGGGUCUCAGUUUCUGACCCAGUCACCAAGGAAGGAGGAGAUUUCAUAAGCUGAGGAUCCAGGGAGCUGCCUCAGUGAGAGCUGGAGCUGCUUGGCACAGCAAGCUAGGCGACUCUCCAGAGAACUGCUCAGGAGGAGAGUCGGAGUGCCUUGGGCACUCUACUAUUGUAAAGAGACCCCAUGACCAUGGCAACUCUUGUCAAAGGAAGCAUUUAUUUGGGGGCUUUCUUACAGUUUUAGAGGUUAGUUCAUGAUCAUCAUGGUGGGGACAAUGGUGGCAUACUUGCCGUCAUGGUGAUAGUGACAUGGGGAGAGUUCUACAUACUGAAAGAGACCUUAGCCUUGGCCUGAACUUUUGAAACCUCAAAGCUUACCCCCUGUGACACACUUCCUUCAACAAGGCCACACCUCCUGGUCCUGAUCUUCAAACGGUGCCGUUCCCCCGCUGACUAAGCAUUCAAAUGCACGAGCCUAUGGGGGCCAUUCUUAUUCAAACCACCACAGGAUGCUCCUGGCAGGAGGCAGAGUUAGGGCUUAGGUAGUCUGAGGUACAGGAGCUGAAGAGGGUGAAUGCCCGCUGCUUGGAAUACUUCCCCAUGCAUUUCUGCCUGCCCAAGUAGUCUGUCAGACUAGUUCAUCCAGGUCCCCGGGCUUGGUGCUGGGCAGUGCCUAUAGUGUGGUUGGGUGGAGGGUGGGGAUUUAGGGUAGAGGUUGGGCCAGCCCUGGGGAGCAUGAACCUGGAAAAGGAUACAACUGGGUAUACAGAAUACAUACACAUUGCCUACGCAGACGCAGAGAAAACAGUCUCAGAGAAGAAGGGGCUGGACAUACAGGGGAUGAGACAUACCACCUCAGGAGUGGCAAGGAUGCAGAGGAGCCCACAUCAACAAUAGUGGGCACUUGCAAACAUACUUAGGAGGCAUCACCUGCCUCACCUCGUUUGCUCUACACCCAAAGUAUUUCAAAUUCAGGGAUGAUGACAGUAUCCGCCAACACCCAUUCCUAGGAUAUCUGGCUAUGUGGUCUAGCCCCAGCCCCUGAUCCUGCUGAGGCUUCCUCAGAAUGAUCUGAAGCUGCCCUGGACCCCUCCCCCAGGCAAGAGGGGGACAGGCAGUUGGGUUAAAGACCUUCCUCUUCUCCAUAGUCCACUGUCUCCAUGGGCACUGGUGGGCUGAACCAGACUACGCAGUGGCCGUUCCAUUGCCUCUAGCAGCCUGGGCAGAAACUCUUCACAAGCCCAUCCUAGGUAUCUCUGUGACUGAACAGCCAACCACUAGCACAUGCUCAGACACGCAUGCGCGUAUAUGCCCACGCCACCACGCCUGUCUGUAGGCCCGCCUGUCGUUCCACCUGGGGCCUGAUUCUAGGUCAGGUCUGGAUACAACUUCACUGGAAGAGUGGUGACAGGUGCCGCUGGUAGGAACAUUAUGGCUGGGGGUGUGUGGGGUCGGGGCCGGGAUGGCCCUGUGGGCUCCUUAACUCUGACAGCUCUAGCUGAAGGAAUCCGGGCUAACCAGGGGCAGCCUGUGGGACCCUCUUCUCCAGGCCCUCAGGCUGAGCCCCAGGAGCUUGGACCCGAGGCUGAGCCCUAUAUUCAAACACUCACCCCUGCCUCUGAGGCCCAGCCUGGGAAUGAAGUGGUUGUCCCCACAGCUGAUAGUGAGAUCUGUUCCCCACACGAUGCCCAGGAGCCAACCCCCGAGAGACCAUACCAGGCCUUCCAGUAUUCCUGGGAAGAAGGAACCCUUGCAGACCUCGCGCUGUAUACAGCUGCGUGUCUGGAGGAGGCUGGCUAUGCCGGGACCCAGGCAACAGCGCUCACACUGUCCUCAGCCCUGGAAGCCCGGGGGCAGCGGCUGGAGGACCAGGUCCACGGUCUGGUGCGUGGGCUGCUGGCACAGGUGCCUAGCCUGGCAGAGGGGAGACCCCGGAGGGCAGCCCUACGAGUGCUGAGCGCACUGGCUCUUGAGCAUGCGCAGGACGUGGUGUGUGCGCUGCUACCCAGUUCACUACCCCCGGACCGGGCAGCCUCUGAACUGUGGCGAAGCCUAAGCCGGAACCAGCGAGUAAACGGGCAGGUGCUGGUGCAACUGCUGUGGGCAUUGAAGGGCGCGGCGGGUCCCGAGUCUGAGGCACUGGCAGCCACGCGCGCUCUUGGAGAGAUGUUGGCAGUCUCUGGCUGCGUGGGAGCCACAAGAGGCUUCUACCCUCACCUGCUGUUAGCACUGGUCACACAGUUGCAUGAGCUGGCUCAAGGUGCUCAUUCCCCUGACAGCCCUAAGAUUUGGGAGCCUUCUAACCGAGGGCCACCUCACAGCCACGCCAGCUGCACUGUGGAGGCCUUAAAGGCCCUGCUCACAGGGGAUGGUGGCCGAAUGGUGGUCACAUGUAUGGAGCAAGCAGGAGGCUGGAGGAGACUGGUAGGAGCCCACACGCACCUGGAGGGUGUCCUGCUGCUGGCCAGUGCCAUGGUGGCGCAUGCUGAUCACCAUCUGCGAGGCCUUUUUGCAGACUUGCUCCCUCGGUUACGAAGCACUAACAACCCACAGCGCCUCACAGCUAUGGCCUUUUUUACUGGGCUGUUGCAGAGCCAGCCCACUGCACAGCUCUUACGUGAAGAAGUCAUCCUGGAGCGCCUUCGAACUUGGCAGGGUGACCCAGAGCCGACCGUACGCUGGCUGGGCCUACUUGGCCUUGACCACCUUGCAAUGAAUCGUGGGAAGAUAAGGCACGUGAACACAUUGCUGCCGGUCCUCUUAAGAGCACUGGGUGAAGGUGAUGUGCGCCUCGUGGGCGCUGCGCUUGGCGCCUUGCGGAGACUAUUGCUGCAGCCCAGAGCACCCGUGAGACUCCUCAGUUCUGAACUGCGACCACGCCUUCCACCGCUACUGGAUGAUGCUCGGGACUCGGUCCGUGCUUCAGCAGUGGGACUCCUUGGAACACUGGUGCGGCGGGGCCAGCGGGGACUCCGGAUGGGGCUUCGGGGACCACUGCGGAAAUUAGUGCUGCAGAGUCUGGUGCCCCUGUUGCUGCGCCUACAUGAUUCCAGUCAGGAUGCUGCUGAGGUCAGUGUUCUGUCCCAUAACUGUCUCAUGCAGUUCUUCCCCUCCUACCUAGUGGCCUCUCUGAAGGUUUCAAGCUAGUUACAAGGACCUUUAGGUCCAGGU